AUGACGAGCCCCAGAAAUUCCCCUCUUGGAGCAUCACGCCACUCGAGUAUCCCAUCAUCAGAUCCAGGGGGCAUUCCACCCUUGUCCAGAGCGACAGUCGUUAAACAUCCGAAGGUCCGGAAGACUGUGAGCAGCUCGAGGAGCAAAGCUAAUAUUUCAAAGCAAAAUAAAGACCAGAAAAAUAAAGGAAAAUCAGCGCUCGUUACUCCUUUAGAAUAUGCGCAGAAGUUGAAUUCUGACUUGCCAAAGAAGCGCAAGUCUGAUUACCUCAAGGGAAAGCAAAUACUGUAUGUCGGUGGGGACAUGCAGUAUGCAGGCGUCCUGACGCGUGGUCGCAUGGACUACAUCAUCAAGCAUGGUGGCACCUUGGUACCAUCGUACGACCCUACUACCGUAACUCACAUCGUGACGGAUGCGACAACUCGCCCGACCCUGAAAGCCCUCGGAUUAAAAUCGUUGAAAGAGAUCCCUGACAAUAUCCCAACGGUCACUUGGAGUUGGGUAAUAUCCGGGUAUGGUCGCAAGGCUAACGCCAUAGAUGAUGAUGAAAGCCUUCUCGAUUUCGAAUUUCUACACGCGGCAUUCCCUCAACGCAUCCAUGCCGGUAGAAGCUGGCAGAAGAGAGGACAGGGAAAUUUGGUUCAGACAAAGGCACAAGUAACCGCAUCUACGGACGACCUUGGUGGAGAUUCCAGUCACAUUUCCUCCUUCACUGAAGAUCAUCUAACAAAAAAUCAACAGCCCCUAGCGGCAAUGCUAGUCGUUCUUCCUCCUGCACCCCAUACAUUUGUUCCCACGGGGAAAGCUUCCAGCACAGCCCGUCAUAAUAAUGACCAAAGCAAUCACAAGCCACAGUCUAAUACAGAAGACCCUCUUGCUGAAUUUUACGAGAAAGCGAGGGCUGAACGAGAGCAAGCUAGAGGCCUCGGACAGAGCGAGACCGACGAGAGCGAUCAAGAAAAAGAAUUUUCGAAACCAGCACAUGGUUUUACAUGCGACCGAAAGGAACCUGAGCAGCGUGGAUGCAUGAAUCAAGAUAUCAUUGAAAAGCUGGAGGAACUUAUGGAGUUGCACAAGGCAAAACUAGGUGAAGAUGAUCGUUGGCGAGUGUACAGCUACUCGAAAUGUAUUCGUGCCUUGCGCAAUUAUCCAAAGAAAAUCAAAUCAUUCAACGAGGCCCGGUCAAUCACGGGCGUCGGUGAGAAGACUGCUCGAAAGAUCAUGGAGAUCAUCGAAACCGGUGAUUUGAGACGCAUUGGCUACGAAAAAACGGAUGACGUCGAAGCCGUUAACUUAUUUCAGGGGAUAUAUGGAGUCGGCCGACAAAUAGCUUAUAUGUGGUAUAAUAACGGAUGUCGGACGCUAGAUGAUGUUCGAGCUCGGAAAGGUGGCAUUAAAUUAUCUCACGCGCAGGAAGUUGGUUUACAAUUCUAUGAUGAUAUCAAUGAUAGAAUGCCACGCAGUGAAGCAGAGAGUAUCUUCAACUUAAUUAGACCCAUUGCUCUUGAGCUCGAUGAGCACCUUUACAUUGAUAUCAUGGGUAGCUUCAGAAGGGGCAAAGCUACUUGUGGCGAUAUUGAUAUCAUAGUGACUCGACCAACCUCAGAUGGGAUAACACAUGCAGGUCUUCUUCCGGAGCUGCUUGCCCGUCUGCAUGCUGCAAAGAUCCUGACAGAGGAUUUGGCAUUGCCUGAUGAUUUUUCCGCUCUCGAAUUAUGUUAUCGUGGAUUGUGUAAGCGUCCCGAACCCGAUGCAAAGCAUCGACGCAUCGAUAUCUUAUGUGUUCCUUGGGAAAAUAGAGGAGCAGCCCUCCUUUACUACACGGGCGAUGACAUUUUCAAUCGGGCCAUGAGAAUGAAGGCAAAUGUUCUCGGGUAUUCUCUCAAUCAACGAGGUUUGUAUGGAGGCGUGGUUCGAGACCCCCGGAACAGACGUGUCAAGAUUUCUGAAGGCAACAUUGUUGCGUCUGAGACGGAAGAAGAAAUAUUUAAAAUUCUAGGGGUACCAUGGCAGGAGCCGCAUGAACGUGUACGGGGUUGA